AACAAAAUCGUGCCAAAUAACAAAAAUGGUGCUCGAUCAGCAGCGCACAAACCUGCGAAUGCACGUCGUCCAGCGCUUCCAGUCACUCACUGCCCAGCUCAACGACGCCAACAGCCGCAUCGAACAGCUCACCAGCAGCCUGCAGGAAACACAUGACAGUGAAGCCCGCGAACUCAUCGAGACCAAGCUCAAGGAACAGACCCGUCGUCGCGCCACGUUGGAGGCCAAAAUCGAGAACGACCUCGUUCCAAACGAUCCGACGAACGAGCGCCUCAAGCCAGCGCGCCCAAUCUUCAUUUGCGAUGCGUGCCGUGUGGAGCUGCCUUCUCCGUUGCGCUUCCAUUGCGCCGAGUGCAACUACGAUUUGUGUCUGGCGUGUGCUGGCGUCCAGGCCAAACCAGACCAACGACCCGACGAUACUGACGGCCAAAACAAGCGAAACGACGACCAGCCAAUUGAGAGCAAGAAUGUGUCAGCUCACCACAAGGAAUCGGCGACAACCGAGCAGACGCAGCCAGCCAAGACCAAUAAUGUUGUCGAAAACCGUGGAGAAAACCUUGACCAACGACAGCGACCGGCUACGUCGUCGUCCGAUUCCGCAACAAUGAAAACUGCACCCCAUUCGGACAACCACUUCAUGUACUUUGACCCGGAGACAGUCACAGAGACAGUGGAGCGCAUCAACAAGUGCAAGUCGAUUGCCGAGACAUGGACCACGGCGCUCGAUCUGCACAGCUGGCGCCCGUCCUUUGGGUUUCGGAGGCCGCUACCGGCAUCACCAACAUCUUCAUCAUCAUCAUCAUCAUCAUCGGCCAACAACGAGCUGGAAUUCGAACCCGAGUUUCGUUGGAUUACCAUGCGCACCUUGCACACGCUCGUUCGUCAGUUUGCGGCGGGCUUGGUCCACCUGCUCCACCCAAAGCAGCCGCCGUCGACAAUGAAAACCGACGACGACGAGAUUCUGCAGCACCAGACCUUCGUGGCCAUCUGCGGAUUCAACCGUCUCGAGUGGUUUAUUGCCGACUUUGCCUGCGCCAUUCUGGGCAUUGUCGCCGUGCCCAUUCAUACGGCAAUUUCCUCGCUCGCCGAUCUCGCGCACAUUCUCAACACAUCGAACGUCGAAGCCGCUGUUUGCAGUGAUCGCGUGCUUCCUGCGUUUUUGCGUGUGCAGCAACAAUGCCCUCAGCUCAAGUUUGUCAUCCGAAUGGUCGGAAUCUACCCCCGAAGUGCCUUCUUGUUGUCUCAGCCGAACAGGGACGAAAACCACCCACAUUCCUUCCACAAGCAGUUCACCGCUCCUGCUCAACUGACCGCUGCAGAAAUCAGCCAAGUUGUUGACGUGGACAUUCUUCCUGUCGAGACGAGCGCUCUGGAACCCUUCAUCCAAACGCUUCAAGACGAACUUGUGGCCAUGCAGGCCGCGGGAGCUGCUGUGCAAACGGCGACGCUAAUCCCGUUCACGGAUGUUCUCGAAUGCGGUCGGCUGCAUCCAAGUCCUAUCUAUGCCGAGCCGAGCGCUGCGCUGACUGCUCUGAUUCACACGAGCGGAAGCACGGGCCGCCCGAAAGGUGCCAUGAUGACAAGCCGAAUCUGGCGCGGGUUUAUCGUUCACUCGAGCAUUCAUGGAAAUGACCCUGCCGUGUCCAUCACCAAAGACCCACUGUCGCACAUUUCCGACAGGCAGGAUGUCCACGGCGAUCUUUCUCAUGGCUACCGCAUCGGCAUUCUAAGCAGCUUGGCAAACGUGUUUGACGACAUCAGGCUGCUGUCUCCAAACUACAUUGCCUCAACGCCGCGCAUGUGGAAUGUGCUCUACUCGCAGUUUCAGCAUGCGCUUGCCAUUGACACGGCAAUUGAGCAGACUAAACUGCAGGCUGGUGCUUCUGGUACUGCUGCUGGUACUGCACUGCCCUCCUCGCUGCCAACAUCGGACAUCGCGGUGGAGGUUCGCAAGCGGACUUUGGCGCGCUUCAAGCAGUCGCUUGGGCAUCGACUUAAUUAUGCAGCCAUUGGUGGUGCCCUACCCAGCGAGCGUGUGCUGGCGUGGAUGCGGGAGUGCUGGGGACCCACCGUCGUGCGCACCGGGUACGGCAUCACGGAAGCUGGCUCGGUGGCGGACAACGAUGGCAAGCUCUAUCCGCACGUGCAGUGGAAGCUCGUAGAUGUGCCCGAGCUGGGUUACUUUAAAACCGACUUGCCGUUUGGCCGUGGCGAGCUUUUGGUUCAAUCUACCGCCCUCAUUCCGGGCUACUUUCGAAACGAAGAAGCCACAACGGCUUCGUUCGAUCCCGAAGGCUGGUUCCGUACUGGCGAUAUCGUGGAACUCCUCGAAGAGUACCCUGCCAAGGUGCGCAUUAUUGACCGUCGCAAGAACUUUUUCAAGUUGUCCCAAGGUGAAUUCGUGUCUCCACCCAAUCUGGAAAACACAUUCUUGGAGAGUCGCUUUGUCAACCAGAUUUUCGUGACACGGGGAUCUUACUCUGACUUUGAUGACCAAGUCGCUGUGGUGGCCAUCGUCGUUCCGCACGUAGCGAAUUGCAUUGCAUGGCUGCAUCAGCACCCCACAUCAGCUGCCGGUCAGGACCAGACGUUCUUGCUCAAGUUGCCACCUUCUGAAAUGGUUGCAGCGCUUUGCCAAAACACCGAGUUUGCCGACGCAGUCAUGGCCGACAUUCGUGCUGUCGGAACCGCGUCCAAUCUGCAGGCAUUUGCCCUCCCGUCUGCCAUCCAUCUCGAGUCCACAGAGUUUUCCGUUGACAAUGGUCUCUUGACACCGUCUGGCAAGACAGCGCGGCCCGCCCUCGAGCGCCAUUACAAACCGGUUGUUGCAGAAAUGCUACGCGCGCACGCCCACGUCCGCGCUGCGGAUGAGUCUCGCGUCAUUGAGCAACAGCUGCUUGACUUGUUCCGUGCCGCUCUUCCUCAGCAAAGUGAACAGUCGGCGGCCACGACGGCGAGUCUGCCGCCUUCCGCCACCUCGUUCACGCGUUCCGGUGGGGAUUCCAUGUCGGCCGUGCGCCUUGUACAAUCAGUCAAGGACAAGCUGAGCAUUGAUCUGCCCUUGGAGCUUGUGCUGAGAAACGACUUGACCAUUCCUCAACUGAUUGGCAUUGCCAAGAGCACCUUGCAGCAACAGCAUCAGCAACCACCUAACCCCGUGCAAUCGCACCGCGCUCCUAUGAGCGAUGGUGCCUCGUCGUCAGUCAAUGCACUUCGCGAGGCGAGCAUUGGCCAGAUGCUGUCCGACUCGUGGCUUCCGUUCAACACAGCACCCUCGGAUUUGAUCUGCGCACUCACUCGGUCCUUUGAAGCCAGCGACUCGAAUGUGGUAAUGAAGCUCGAGCAACAUGUGGCACAGGCGGGUCCAGAUCCGUACAAGGACGUUCCGCUGCCGCUGACCAAGACUGGCAAGGAUGACUCGGAGCAGUACCUGAUCGGCCCUCGUGUGGCCGUGCUGACGGGUGCCACGGGCUUUCUCGGGGCUCAUUUGCUCCACUCGCUGCUCGAGCAGCGCGAGCCUUUGACGAACGCCUUUAGCUAUCGACAAGUGGUGUGCAUCGUUCGCGCAGAAUCGGACGCUGUGGCAGCAGAACGGGUCGAGCAAGCCUUAAAGUCCUUCUCGCUUGUGAUACCUGGCAACAGUGCCGACACGCCUCUGGCAUCCAGGCGGUGGCGCGCUGUUGCAGGCGAUCUCGAAAAGCAGGAUCUCGGGUUUGCAACGCCAAACGUCAUUUCCACCAUCCUUGCCGAAAUACACAGUGCUGAGCAUCCAGACGACCCCCUGACUGGCAGCGAGUUUGCAGAGCUGGAUGCUCGUGAGCUGUGCGACAAGCCGCGCGUGAGCGACGUGUUCCACUGUGCGGCCCAAGUCAACCACGCCAAACCCUACACUGAACUGCGCCAGGCCAAUGUGCUUGGCACCUGGCAUUUGCUUCAGUUUGCCUUGGAGCAGAGCAAGCCUCAGAUGAAUGCCGCCCAGUCUGCUGCGGUCGAUCAGCAGAGGGAGGAGCACGCAGGUCAAGAUCCUGCUGCUUUGGCGUCCGUGCCGCUUCACGUCUUUUUGGAGCAGCAGCCGUGCUGGUGGCGUCGCCCUGUGCGCUUCCACAUGGUCUCGACCGAGUCCGUCGGCGUGAGUUCUGCCACGAUGGCCGAUCAGCCCGUCACCAAGGCUUACAGCACGUGCCGGGACUUGCUUCCGAAGCGUCGGCGCCUCAUCACAAACAAGAUGAUGAAUCGCGGCGGCUAUUCCCAGUCCAAGUUUGUGGCGGAAUGCCUCUGCGCUGCGGUGCGACACUUGCUGCGUGUUUUCAUUUACCGACCAGGAAUGAUCUCCUUCAGCACAGCCACUGGCCAACCCAACCGCAGCGACUGGUUUACGAGUUUGUUCUAUGCCUGCGCAGUGGUUGACUGUGUGCCCAGAACCCUGGUCCAGAUGUCUGUGAUUCCCGUGGAUCGAGUCAGCCAGGCCCUGGCUGCGCUCGCGCGUCACCCAGAUGGCGACUUUCUGCAGUUGAAUUUUGGCUCGAGCGCUGCCAGUGUCUCUGCAGCAUCUUCCUCAAAAGAAGCGACGCUAUCUGACGCGGCAGCCACCAGUUCGCCAUCAGCAGCGAUGGUGUUUGACGUAGCCGUCGCUGGCACGUCGUGCCAUUUAAAGCUACCCCUCUUCACAUUGGUCAGUGGAGUGACAACGCCGAUGGCCACCAUGCUGUCCGCCAUCUGGCCCUCCGAGUCCGGAACUGGCACUUCUUGUCGCCGACCAGACCUGCCGUUGAGCGAGUGGCGUGAUUUGGUGCUCGGGCGCUACUCUGAGCUGUGUUUGGCAAAAGAUGCAGUCUCAGCCGUCACUGUGAAGCGAAUGGCCGGAGCGCUGUUGCUGCUUGGCUCGGACGGGCUUCCAGAUGACACGGACGAGAUGGAGGAGGCUGCUCAGGCGGGCCAGCAUCUCGCUUUGCAGCUCCGAGAAGUCGGUGCAUCCGACACUGCCGGGCUCGUCACUACCGCAAUUCCAGCUGCGGCAUGGCAAAAGUUUGCGCAAGUGCUUUGAGCGGAAAAACUGAGGUUGACGUUUUGGAUGUUCACAGCGACUCUCAUUUGGGGGUUCUUUUGAAACCUUGGCAAAAUCAUUUCCGUUGAAAUUGCUGUUGGGAUGUGAAACCCUUCCUUGCCAAAUUGGUCUCUAUUGAUCACAAUGAAAUACGAAGUUUUCAAUUCA